AUGCCUGCCAACGCAGCCCAGGCGCACGAAAAACUCGUGCCAGGCCAGCUGCUGCAACUUGCAGACAACGGCACACCUACUAUCGUCACCCCACUCUGCAACGAGGGCAGCCUCAACGCGUCGAUCCACACAUACAAGGACAAGGGCUACUUGCCCUACUUCACGCGCGCGGUAAAGGCUGCGCAGCAGGCUCUCGUCAAUGAGCUCCGCGCCGCGGGCGUCGAAGUACCGAACGGCGCUGAGGCGUCUCACCUGGAGGGGGUAUGCGGCGUGCAUUGCCGUGAUGAGGCCAACUGCAGCCAUGUACUAGAUAGCGAGCACAUCACAGGGACCCUGUACGAUGAGGGCACCAACGAUACACGCAUGAUUGUUGCCUGCGACCCUAUUCAGACAAAACUACGGGACGACUGCGUCGAGUGCUUCCCCCGCGUGAACAAGGUGAGCGGGUGGGAAGAGCUGGUGGUGCGGGUGCACCUCUUUUACCUCAACACCACCCCGUGCAUGAGCGUGCAGGACAGGCGCGCGCGCCUUGUCACACAGAAGCACUUCGUGCCAAAGAACACGCGCACGUUCCAGGGCUACCACGUCUUCAACUACGCCAAGCGCGGCAGCUCGGCGCGGACGCCGCACUUUGAGUCCAUGUUCCCCUACACGCCCAAGAACACGAAGUGUAAAGGUUUCACGCUGGGGAGGAAGUGCACCGCCAUUACAGUGGAGUCGGUGUUCGUGCGCGACCCGGCGCGCCAGCAGCGCCCCUUCUAUGCUGAAGACGCAGAGCAAGCGCGCGUGUACUUCUCCCAUCUGUGUGUGGACGCCUUCGUCACGGACGAUGAGCUGGUGGAGCACUUCCCACUAGAGUCGAUGGACGCGGCUGCCAUGCCGGCGUUCACCCACGACCGCGACGCGGAGAAGUACCAUGUGCUGGUGCGUCUGUACCUGUUGGCGCACGAUCAGAACUGGACGGCGACGCAGCCGCACGGCUGCCCGCACCCGCUCGGCGGCUGCGUGAGCCUACCGGUGCUGUUCCGAUCCUGCGCAACGGAGGUGAUCGUUCCGGACGCGUGCAGCCGCAAGUCGCAGAUACUGCUGCAGCAGCGCCUGCUUCCGGAUGUGGAGAUGCAGGUCACGCGCUUCUGCUUCCGCCGCGUCGUGAGCGAGGUGCUGCGCCAGCGCGUCGUGGCAGCGGCUGCGGACACCCCCGAGCGCUACAUCCCUGUCGUUUGCUACAUGCCCCACGGUGACCGUGUGCCCGUCUUCACGGACAAGCAGGUCAGUGUUCUAGCGCGCCUGUACCCGCACCUCGGCAUCCGCAGGCCCACCAGCCGCCGCGAGUGGGCACACCUCAGCCGCACGCUCUACCAGCACGGCAUUUCGCUGUUUGACACUCUCGCCGCGGUCGGUGUUCCGCUUCGCGACGCGCAUGGCGCCGUCAUCGACACCGACGCCUACGUGCCCUACACCCCGGACAUGGCCGACGACUACUUCCUCGUCAUCGCCAACCGUCCGCUGCGCGACUACAUCUGCGUCACGAACCAGCGCUGGCUGUGCGAGCAGCUGCUGCUGCCCGACCACCACCCGCCCGUCGGCGCGUGCGCCUUUGCAGCCUGGGUACGCUACUGGAACGCGAUGGUGCACCUGAAGCACGAACUGGAGAAGCAGGUGAACUUGGACACGGUCAGCGCGCACCUGGGGCUUCGGCUGCCGGCCGGCGAGACGGGGCAGCGCGCGGCGUGUCUGGUGAACGGCGUCGUGACGGAUACCAAAGGCGGCUUGAUCUUCCCAGACCUGGGCGGUUGUCGCUUCCGCGACAAGGAACACGUCGGUGCGCUGCUGCCUGGUGCGCCGGUGCUAUACAUUUGUAGGGCGGGCCGGAAGCUGAACUUCACGUACGUGCAAACGCCAAUGCGCUUUGUUCGAGGGCUGCCGUUGAAGCAGGCGAAUGAGCAACGGCCAGCGCAGGACGUGAUAGCGGCCGCUAACGCCCCCGCCAAUCGCGGUGGUGGCACAUACGGAGGUGGACAAGGUGAAGAUGGACGAAGAACUAGCGUGGCGAUUCAUGCGUGA